AUGGUUGCCAACGUGAGGAGGGAUGACCACCAUGGAACGAUGGAGCUCUGGCAACAAGGAAUGGACCCACGCCUAGUAGUGCCUCUGUGCAUUCGGGAAAACCGACUUGACCAUGAGUUUCCUGAUCCUCCGGGUAAUCCUGCAAAGACUGUGAGGAGUGAGGCGCGACGGGAUUCUUCGCCUACCGCAGUGGCAGAUAUGCUUGAUCAUCAUCCAUUCGAAUCGGAUGUUCCGGGAUCAGACACUACGAAACCAGGCAUGAAGAAGAAGAAGAAGAAAAAGACGAGCGCAAAGACAAAGUUGUUCCGAAAGUGUCGCAAAAGGAGCUCGGCAGCCGACGACGAAGACAUUGACAAGAAGGAGGCACUCAAACGAGAAGCCCUCAAUUUGAAGCGAAUCCAAGAAGAAGAGGAUGCCGAUAUUGCCAAGCUCAGGCAGGAAGAAGAGGAGAGUCCCAAACUGGACAUGCUGGCACACUAUCCCUUAACGAUAAUGGAAGAGGUGCUGAGCAUUCCGAUUCCUGAGCCUGUGGAAUGCGAAGAUGAUGCUGAAGAACUCGUCGAGUUUAUCGAAGAAGAGCCAGAGGUAGUGGAGGACCCAGAGGAGGCGGUCGUUGACUUGGGUCGGUUUGAGGAGCAAGUGCAUUCCCUCAGGCUGUCGCAGAUGGACCUACGCCUUUUUCUCUCCCAUCCUACCUUGUUUGCCCGAAUGCAAAAGGAACUCCGAGACGACGGAGUCAUCACGGAUGAGACACUCAGGCAGAAGCUUCACAUCUUGUGCCGAAAAGAGCGCGACAAUGAUGACAUCGACAUAUCAGAGUGCCGAGAUAUCUUCUCGGAACCAGCCAGGAAAGGUCGAGGCUGGAAUAGCAAUCUACCAUUGGCCUAUAGACGCAUGAACGAAUCAUUCACAGAAAUCGACUGGAAGAAGGAGAUUGAGGAAGACCCCACUCUGUCGCGGGAAGAUAUGAAGACAAGGAGCAAGUGGAGUGACCGAAAGUUGCUCCAUCUGGUGUCAAACUACUCCCAGAAAGGCAGAGACUCCUAUCACACUGAGUUCCAGGAUGGAGUGGAGGAGAACGAUAUGGUGGCUUACGACCAGAAUCUCAUUGAUGGUGUGGAUCUAUUGACCUACUGCGUCCAUGACCUUGUGCCUAUUGUACAGGAGCAGGAAGUCUUUUCGAAUCUUCAGAAGGAGUUGAGAAAGAUUGGAGCGGUGACGAACGAAGUGUUGAAACAGGGACUUCACUUCUAUGUUCGAGAUGUGCGGCUACAAAAAGAACGAGAAGAAGCCGCCAUGCGGGCAAUGGAAGAAAAGGCGUGCCCCGAAGAUCAGGACGAUCUUCGCCGCCGAGGAGGAUCGGCGAAACGUCAACCAUUGCUCACCAAGUUGCGUCUGCGUGCCCGCAAGUAG